GACGCCUUGAAAUCACAGUGAUCCUCCCACCUCUGCCUCCCUCUGCCUCCCGAGUGCUGGGAUGAAAGGCGUGUGCCACCAUGGCCGGCUUUCAUCUUUUAUUCUUGUAACAACAUUCAUCUAAUCUUCCAGAUGAGGAAACCAGAGAAUUUUCCCACGGUCACACAAAGUCUUAAGUGUUAGAGACUGGAUUUGAAUCCAGAUCAUCAGGCUCCAAAAUCCAAUCACCAAAGGAGAAAGAAAGAGAAAGACAGGGUCCCAGGGAGGAAGGCGACAGCAGAGUCUCUGGGGGUGGGGCUGCGGCUGCUCUGACCUCAGCACCCCUCUGCCCAGGCCCCACCCCGCCCCUCCUCGGGCUGCCUGGAAGUGGUAGGGUGCGAUCUCUUCAGCAGCCUCUUUCCCUUGGGGAAAGAAUUGCAAAGCCGGGUCCCACCUGAACGAGGACUCUCCUUCCUCAACACUCCUCCUGGGGUCUAGGGAGUGCUUCCACCUGCCUCCCCACUGCCCAGCACCCAGGGCCCCUGGGCCACAGCAGUCUACCUGAGAUGACGGUCAAGCUGGAUCUAGAAGAGUGUCUCAAGGAUUCACCCCGCUUCCGAGCCUCUAUCGAGCUGGUGGAAGCUGACGUGUCAGAACUGGAGAUCCAUCUGGAAAAGCUCCUCAAGCUGGGUACCAGCCUCCUGGAAAGUGGACGCCAUUACCUUGCUGCCAGCCGUUCCUUCAUUUCUGGCAUUUGUGAUCUGGCCCACCUGGGUCCACCAGAGCCCAUGAUGGCGGAGUGUUUGGACAAAUUCACUGUGAGCCUGAACCACAAGCUGGAUAGUUAUGCAGAACUUCUCGAUGCCACUCAACAUACCCUGCAGCAGCAAAUCCAGACUCUGGUCAAGGAAGGUCUCCGGGGUUUCCGAGAGGCCCGCAGAGAUUUCUGGAAAGGGGCUGAGAACCUGGAGGCUGCCCUCACCCACAACGCAGAGGUCCCCCGGCGGCGUGUCCAGGAGGCAGAAGAGGCGGGACUUGCUCUGAGGACUGCUCGAGCCGGGUACCAGGGUCGAGCAUUGGAUUAUGCCCUGCAGAUCAACGUGAUUGAGGACAAGAGGAAGUUUGACAUCAUGGAGUUUGUGCUGUGUUUGGUGGAGGCUCAGGCCACCUAUUUCCAGCAGGGCCAUGAAGAACUGAACCAGCUGGCCCCGUAUCGCAAGGAGCUGGGGGCCCAGUUGCACCAGCUGGUCUUGAAUUCCGCACGAGAGAAGAGAGACAUGGAACAGAGACACGUUCUGCUGAAACAGAAGGAGCUGGGUGGUGAAGAGCCAAAACCAAGCUUGAAGGAGGGGCCUGGUGGCCUAGUCAUGGAAGGACAUCUUUUCAAACGCGCCAGCAACGCAUUUAAGACCUGGAGCAGACGCUGGUUCACCAUUCAGAACAACCAACUGGUUUACCAGAAGAAAUAUAAGGACCCCGUCACUGUGGUAGUGGAUGACCUUCGCCUCUGUACAGUGAAGCUCUGUCCAGACUCAGAAAGGCGGUUCUGCUUUGAGGUCGUGUCCCCCAGCAAGUCCUGUCUCCUCCAGGCUGACUCUGAGCCCCUCCUGCAGUUGUGGAUCAGUGCUGUUCAGAAUAGCAUCGCCUCAGCCUUCAGCCAAGCCCACCUUGACAGCCCCCGAGGGCCGGGCCAGGCUUCAGGACACCUGGCUCUAUGCUCCGCUGCCACUCUUGGCUGUGGUGGGCCAGCCAGGGGAAGGGAGCCUGGAGGAGUCGGGCAUGUGGCAGCCCAGGUGCAAAGUGUAGAUGGCAAUGCCCAGUGCUGUGACUGCAGGGAACCUGCCCCGGAGUGGGCCAGCAUCAACCUCGGGGUCACCCUCUGCAUUCAGUGCUCCGGCAUCCACAGGAGCCUUGGUGUUCAUUUCUCCAAAGUCCGCUCACUGACCCUCGACUCCUGGGAGCCAGAACUAGUGAAGCUUAUGUGUGAGCUGGGCAACGUUGUCAUCAACCAGAUCUACGAGGCCCGGGUGGAGGCCAUGGCAGUGAAGAAGCCAGGGCCCAGCUGCUCACGGCAGGAAAAGGAAGCCUGGAUUCAUGCCAAAUAUGUGGAGAAGAAGUUUCUGACCAAGCUCCCUGAGAUUCGAGGGCGAAGAGGUGGUCGAGGGCCCCCAAGAGGACAUCCUCCUGUGCCCCCAAAGCCUUCCCUCAGGCCCCAGUCAGGGAGUGUCAGAUCCAAGCCAGAGUCCCCCUCUGAUGAUCUGGGGAGCCUGCACCCUGGGGCCCUGCUGUUCCGAGCUGCUGGACACCCUCUGUCGCUUCCCACCAUGGCUGAUGCCCUUGCCCAUGGAGCUGAUGUCAACUGGGUCAACGGGGGUCAGGAGAAUGCCACCCCUCUGAUCCAGGCCACAGCUGCUAACUCUCUUCUGGCCUGUGAGUUUCUCCUCCAGAACGGGGCGAAUGUGAACCAAGCAGACAGUGCGGGCCGAGGGCCACUCCACCACGCAACCAUUCUUGGCCACACAGGGCUUGCCUGCCUAUUCCUGAAAAGGGGGGCUGAUCUUGGGGCUCGUGACUCAGAAGGCAGGGACCCUCUGACCAUUGCCAUGGAAACAGCCAACGCUGACAUCGUCACCCUGUUAAGAUUGGCAAAGAUGAGAGAGGCUGAUGUGGCCCAAGGUCAGGCAGGAGAUGAGACCUAUCUCGACAUCUUCCGAGACUUCUCACUCAUGGCGUCAGACGACCCGGAGAAGCUGAGCCGUCGCAGCCACGACCUCCAUACUCUCUGAUCCCAGGCCCUCCCUCUACCUGCCUAGUCCACUCGCCAUUAAAUGUCUAUGCCGGGCUGGAGAGAUGGAUUAGCGGUUAAGGCACUUGCCUGCAAAGCCAAAGGACCCAGGUUCGAUUCCUCAGGACCCACAAAAGCCAG